GAAAGUAUCACUAAUCGGCUAAUCGUCUCCCUCUUAUCAUCAAUCAAACUGAACUCUCUACAAAAAAUUUCCAACAUGAAGUUUCUCUUGUACACUUUGGCUGUCGUUGGUCUGAUUUGUGCCGUCCAGGGGCAGGGUACAGAACCCACCACGGUAGCUACUGCGGAACCCACGACCGUACCCACCACGGAAGUGACAACGGUACCCACCACGGCAGGGACAACGGUACCCACCACGGCAGGGACAACGGUACCCACCACGGCAGGGACAACGGUACCCACCACGGCAGGGACAACGGUACCCACCACGGCAGGGACAACGGUACCCACCACGGCAGGGACGACCGCAGCCACCACGGCAGGGACGACCGCAGCCACCACGGCAGGGACGACCGCAGCCACCACGGCAGCGACGACCGCAGCGACCACGACCAAAGCGCCAAUAAUUGGCUUCCCUACCGUUAAGCCACCCACCUGGGCUGGUGGCUACACUAGCACCUGGUUAAAUUUUGGUCGCCGUUAAUACCCUUUGCUGGGAUCACAAUGUCGUACACAUGAACAUGUAGCUGAAUUCUUAAUAUCAAAAUUCAAAAUAUUGAAAAUUUUCAUGCUCGAAGAAAUAAAUAAUUUGGUGGUCUUAUCUGCAUAAAAACAUCCAGAAAUACAGGCUCAUUCCAUCUGAACCCACACGAUCGUCGUCGCACCCAUAUUUGAUAUCUUGUCCACAAUCUUAUCAUAGAUGCAUAAUAUAAAAUACAACAUAUCAUAAAAAUCAAAAUUUGAAAAUUAAUUUUUUUCG